AUGGGAACUCGGGGAAAAAACGAGCUCCGACUGGGAAAAAAUCCAUUUGAACGGAAUUCCAACCCGGAUCUCUUUCUAGAGCUCCGACAUGCCGACCUAAAGACCACUGAAGUCAUGAUUUGGUCUCGUAUGUUCCGAGUUCCCAGUUGUCUUGAACACGGCAUUUUGCCCAAACCAGAAACCACAAAGUGUCACGCCGACAGAUCGCAACAUCCACAAUGGAACUUUCUUAUCAAUCUAUCAGAACCGCGAAUCAAGCAAGAGAGGCGGAUGAAAUGAGAACAGAGUCCAGAAGAAGAAAUCUACUCAUAUUAAUCUUUCAUCAUUUAAUGGAGGCAGGGUACAUGGAUGCUGCCAGUGCUCUGGAACAGGAUACCAAUGUCUGCUUCCGGCGGUUUGAAGUGUGUGACAAUAUAGACCUGGACACUGUGUUGAUGGAGUAUGAGAGUUACUACUUCAUCAAGUUCCAGAGAUAUCCCAAACUAACCAAGAAACUGCCAGAACCAGUUGAAAGUAGACAUGCAAGAAGUUGUGGAAAAAAGAGGAUCCCUGGAGGUCAGCCCCUGCCCAGAAUAAACUCCUCCCACAGACCCCCCUCCAGGGGUGGAGUCAAGAAGACAGAACCCAAGAUGGUGGUCAAGGACGCCAGUAAAGCUGUUGGUGAGAACGCUGGGCGCUCCUCUCCUCCAGAGCCGACAGAGUUCGGCCUGAAUGUUUCCCCCAUCAUCAGGAACGGAGCUGGAGAAGGACAGAUGAAGAAGGGUCAGCUGAUUGAUUGCAGAGGCCUUAUCCAGGAUGCAUCCAACAGUCUGUCAGAACCCACGGAGCCUCUUCUGAAACCACUCAGCGCCUUCAUUGGGAUGAACAGUGAGAUGAGAGAUCUGGCUGCUGUUAUUAGCAGGGACAUCUAUUUACAGAACCCUGCUGUGCGCUGGGAUGACAUUAUAGGCCUGCAGGCCGCCAAGCGAUUAGUCAAAGAGGCUGUCGUCUACCCUAUUAAGUAUCCACAGCUAUUCACUGGCAUCCUGUCUCCAUGGAAAGGUCUGCUGUUAUACGGACCUCCAGGUACAGGUAAGACACUGCUGGCCAAGGCUGUAGCCACAGAGUGUAACACCACCUUCUUCAACAUCUCAGCCUCCAGCAUCGUCAGCAAGUGGAGAGGAGACUCUGAGAAGCUGGUCAGGGUGUUGUUUGAGCUGGCUCGCUACCACGCCCCUUCCACCAUUUUCCUAGAUGAACUGGAGUCAGUUAUGAGCCAGAGAGGGACUGGAGGAGGAGGAGAGCACGAGGGCAGCAGAAGGAUGAAGACAGAGCUUUUGGUCCAGAUGGAUGGACUGGCCCGAUCUGAUGAUCUGGUUUUUGUCCUGGCAGCAUCUAACCUUCCCUGGGAGCUGGAUCAUGCCAUGCUGAGACGUCUGGAGAAAAGGAUUCUGGUUGGCCUUCCCUCUGGCAAUGCCCGACAGGCCAUGGUCUCUCAUUGGCUGCCUCCACUCAGCUGCACUGGAGGGGUGGAGCUACGCACCGAGCUGGCCUAUGAGAUGAUUGCACAGGCGACGGAAGGAUACUCUGGGUCUGAUAUCAGGCUGGUGUGUAAAGAAGCAGCCAUGAGACCAGUCAGGAAGAUAUUUGAUGCUCUAGAGAGCCACCAGCAGGGGAGCUGCAACAUGCCUGUCAUACACCUGGAAACUGUGACAACAGACGACUUCCUGGAGGUGAUCGCUCACACCAAACCCUCGGCCAGGAACCUUAUAGACAAAUACACUGCCUGGGAGACUGAGUACGAGUCUGUGUGACACACUCAACAUAGCAAUAUACAGUGCCUUCAGAAAGUAUUCAGACCCCUUGACUUUUUCCACAUUUUGUUAUUUUACAACCUUAAAUUUAAAUUAAAUUAUAUAUUUUUUACUUUUUAUUUUUAAAAAUUUUACCCCUUUUUCUCCCCAAUUGUUUAGUAGCUACUAUCUUGUCUCUGGUACAACUCCCAUACGGGCUCGGGAGAGACUAAGGUUGAUGUGUCCUCCGUCAUGUGUCCUCCGAUACACAACCCAACCAAGCCGCACAGCGGGCGCAUCCAACCCGGAAGCCAGCCGCACCAAUGUGUCGGAGGAAACUUCAUGCACCUGGCAACCUUGGUUAGCGUGCACUGCGCCCGGCCCGCCACAGGAGUCGCUAGUGCGUGAUGAGACAAGGAUAUCCCUACCGGCUAAGCCCUCCCUAACCCGGACGACGCUGGGCCAAUUGUGUGUCGACCCCAUGGACCUACCGGGUGCGGCCGGUUGCGACAGAGCCUGGACGCGAACCCAGAGUCUCUGGUGGCACAGCUGGCGCUGCAGUACAGCGCCCUUAACCACUGAGCCACCCAGGAGGCCCAUAAAAGAUCAAAUCAAUAAAAAUAAUAAUCUACACACAAUAACCCUUAAUGACAAAGCGAAAAAAGUUUUUAAAAAUAAAUAAACAGAAAUAUCUUAAUUACGUAAGUAUUCCGACCCUUUGCUAUGAGGCUCGAAAUUGUGCUCAGGGACAUCCUGUUUUCGUUGAUCAUCCUUGAGAUGUUUCUACAACUUGAUUCGAGUCCAUCUGUGAUAAAUUCAAUUGAUUGGACAUGAUUUGGAAAGACGCACACCUGUCUAUAUGAGGUCCCACAGUUGAGAGUGCAUGUCUAAGGAAUUGUCCGUAGAGCUCUGAGACAGGAUUGUGUCAAGAAACAGAUCUGGGAAGUGUACCAAAAAAUGUCUGCAGCAUUGAACAUCCCCAAGAACACAGCGCCCUCCAUCAGUCUUAAAUGGAAGAAAUUUGGAACCACCAAGACUCUUCCUAGAGCUGGCCUCCCAGCCAAACUGAGCAAUCAGGGGAGAAGGGCCUUGGUCAGGGAGGUGACCAAGAUCCCGAUGGUCACUCUGAUAGACAUCCAGAGUUAUUCUGUUGAGAUGGGACAACCUUCCAGAAGGACAACAAUCUCUGCAGCACUCCACCAAUUAGGCCUUUAUGGUAGAGUUCCACUCCUCAAAGGCACAUGACAGCCCACUUGGAAUUUGCCAAAAGGCACCUACACUCUCAGACCAUGAGAAACAAGAUUCUCUGGUCUUAUGAAACCAAGAUUGAACUCUAGCCUGAAUGCCAAGUGUCAAGUCUGGAGGAAACCUGACACCAUCUCUACGGUGAAGCAUGGUGGUAGCAUGAGGGUAUGUUUUUCAGUGGCAGGGACUGGGAGACUAGUCAGGAUUGAGAGAAAGAUGAACGGAGCAAAGUACAGAAAGAUCAUUGACGAAAACCUGGUCCAGAGCACUCAGGACCUCUGGGAUGGAGGUUCACCUUCCAACAGGACUACGACCCUAAUCGCACAGCCAAGACAAUCAGGAGUGGCUUCAGGACAAGUCUCUGAAUGUCCUUGAGUGGUCCAGCCAGAGCCCAGAACUCUAACAUCUCUGGAGAGACCUGAAAAUAGCUGUGCAGCGACACUCCCCAUCCAACCUGACAGAGCUUGAGAGGAUCUGCAGAGAAGAAUGGAAGAAACUCCCCAAAUACAGGUGUGCCAAACUUGUGGCGUCAUACCCAAGAAGACUCUAGGCUGUAAUUGCUGCCAAAGGUGUUUCCACAAAGUACUGAGUUAAAGGGUCAGAAUUUCUUUCAUGUAAAAAAACAGUUUUUGCUUUGUCAUUAUUGGGUAUUGUGAUUGAUGAGGGGGGAGGUUGCUUUGUCAUUAUUGGGUAUU